UAUAUACCAUAACAACAAUGCACCAUUACCAUAUCUCUUCACAUUAUUUCCAAAAUGAAAGCUUCAAGCUACACCUGUUUCAUUGUUUCGAUUUUCGUUUUGUUCUCUAUUUCAUCCGCGGCAUCUUACGAUCCGGUCGAUUUUGAUGCUUUUCUUCAAUGCCUUCCUAAACAUUCCGACCAUUCUGUCUCGAUUGCUGGAGCUAUAUUGACUCCCAACAAUGCAUCUUUCCAAUCUAUUUAUCAAUUACGUGCUAACAAUCUUCGAGUCUUAUUAUCUGCGACUUCAAGGCCGGUGGCUAUUAUAACCGCUCUACAUCCAUCCCAUGCACAAGCUGCGGUCAUUUGCGCUAAGCGUCAUGGUUUUCAACUAAGGAUUCGAAGUGGUGGACAUGAUUACGAGGGACUUUCGUAUAUUUCCGACGUCCCGUUUGUUAUCCUCGAUAUGUUCAACCUUAAGUCUAUAGAUAUCGACAUGAAAACCGAAACGGCAUGGGUUCAAGCCGGAGCUACUACCGGCGAACUUUAUUAUAGUAUAGCCAAGACAAGCGAAGUCCAUGGAUUCCCAUCUGGUGUAUGUACCACUCUUGGCAUUGGUGGACACUUCAGUGGAGGUGGGUAUGGAUUUUUAAUAAGAAAAUACGGGCUUUCCAUUGAUAAUGUCAUCGAUGCACAAUUGAUCGACGCUAAAGGUCGAAUCCUUGACCGUAAAUCAAUGGGGGAAGACGUGUUUUGGGCUAUAAGAGGCGGUGGAACUACUAGCUUCGGUAUCAUCCUUUCAUGGCGGAUCAAGCUGGUUCGUGUCCCACCUAGGGUCACUGUUUUCAACGUACAAAGGACCUUGGAACAAGGCGCAACGGAGCUGGCUUAUCGCUGGCAACAAGUUGCUCCUAAACUGCCCAAAGAUCUCUUCAUUAGACUCCAGCCUGUGCCUAUCAACAAUGGCGGCAACAAUAAAACUGUUAGCGUUUCAUUCAUCGGCCAUUUUCUGGGACAAGCUGAUGAACUUUUACGAUUAAUGAACGUAAGAUUCCCUGAAUUGGGUUUGACCAGAAAUGAUUGUUCAGAGAUGAGUUGGGUCGAAUCGGCCUUAAGUUGGGCGGGUUUCCCCAAUGGAACAUCCAUUGAUGUGUUGCUCAAUAGAGUUCAAGUAGACAGAGUGUUUUACAAGACCAAGUCCGAUUACUACAAAGCAGUGAUCCCCAAACAAGGGUUGGAGACCUUAUGGCAAGUGUUGAUGGACAUUGAAGACAUAUUCGUGCAAUUUAACCCUUACGGUGGGCGAAUGGAGGAGAUAUCCGAGUCGGAGACAGCCUUUGCGCACCGCGGUGGGAACCUCUUCAAGGCACAGUACGGGAUCCAAUGGUCCGAGUCCGACGGAGGGAUCAACGCCACAGGGCGUUAUGUCGAGAUGUCAAGGAGGUUGUACAAUGCGAUGGCCCCGUAUGCGUCGAGCAACCCGAGGGAAGCGUUUUUCAAUUACCGAGACCUCGACGUCGGUAGCAACGAAAGCGGCGAGACGGAUUUUGAGGUUGCGAAGGAAUACGGAGCAAAGUAUUUCAGGAACAAUUUUUUGAGGCUGACGGGUGUGAAAGCCAAGAUAGACCCUGAGAAUUUCUUCAAGAACGAACAAAGCAUACCGCCUUUGCCAACGCCGCCAUCUCAUUAAAACAAUAUUGAAAUAUCUUCUCAAUAAUUUUAAUUUCCUUACCAUUUUUAUUAUAUCUAAGUUCACUGUGUAUGUUGUUAUUUCUUUAUGUACAAUAAAAUAAUUAUAAUUAUUCUUAAAA